AUGGUCCUGAGAGGCAUAACGGGUGCGGUGUGCACAACGCCCACUGCUGCCCUUGGUGCUCUCCUGGGGCUGGAACCCUUACACCUUACAAUUAAAGCAGCGGCGGCUAAGGCUGCCCUGAGACUUGGCAGUUCUAAGGGCUGCAGAGAAGUGAGCAGAUGGCGUCUCCCUAAGAAUCUAGUGAGGAGGCCUCUUCUCAAUAUGAUCAGGGACAAGAUUGUCCCUUUGUACCUUCUUGAUAAAAAGUACAAGAUUAACAUACCUACCAGAGAGGAUUGGAUGAAUGGACUGGCGACCAUUUCGGUUAAUGGUGAUAUCUGGUAUACAGAUGAAUUUAAAAGCGGGAAUGAAGUCGGUGCAGGAAUCUAUCACGUAACAUCUCAAGGGGGCCACUCGUAUAAGUUAGGGCCCACUGUUACUGUGUUACAAGCCGAAAUUAUAGCGAUAUUCUAUGGUGCUGUUGAAGCUCUAGAAAGUUGUCAUGAUAAAAAUAUUUUUAUCCUUUCGGAUAGCAAGGCAGCAAUUUUCUCCUUGAAACGAUAUGUAACAACAUCACAGCUGGUUGGUGAUUGCCAUGAGGCUCUUAACAGAUUAGCUGGAAUUAACCGCGUUACCCUUCUUUGGGUUCCUGGUCACAGUGGAUUCAUUGGUAACGAUAAAGCGAAUGAACUAGCCAAAACAGGUGCUAGGGAACAAUUUAUUGGGCCUGUCCCUCCUGUUGGUGUCUCUGACAAAUGCUUGGCCCUGGAAUUUAACCGGAGGCUGACAGUAGAGCACCAAAGGGUGUGGCAGGCAACUAAGGUCUAUAGGCAGGCCAAAAUACUCUUGGGAACAAAUAUUAAUCUCAAGAGGAAAGCGGAAUUCCGCAAACCUAAUAAAAAAGAGGCAAAAAUCAUAACAGGGCUGUUGACCGGUCGUGAUGAUUUGCGCUAUCAUAGGCAUAAAAUGGGGAUGAUAGAUGAUGAUUCUAAAUGCCGAGCCUGGCCGAAGUUCUUUUGUUGUGGAAGGGAUUUCGGAUGUAGGGGUGGCUAUGGGGAACGUAAAGGAAUUACCCAAGCGUUGGUGGUCGUGAUUCAAAAGGUUUCGUGGCUGCAACCCCUUGGCUCUGCGAACUCGCAAAAGGGCGGACAUUUAGUUUUUGCCUGA